GGGCCUCCUGAGGGGACGAGGGCGGGAAGUGCGGGAGAGCGCGCGCUGGCUGGCUGGCCAGCUGCCUUGGUCACCGAGGCGACGGUCUUCCUUCUCGGCGGCCAAGGCUUCUUGAAUGCAACGCCCCAGGAGGACGGCGUGGGGCGAGGGCCCGGGGAGCCCCCAGGAGGAGGGGAGCGGGGCCACUUGGGGCUCCCCUCCCGCCCAGGAAGAGGAGGAGGAGGAGGAAGGCGCCAGGGCUGCAAACGAGAAGGAGGAGGAAGAGGAGCCGCUCCUGAGGGGCAUUUUCCAGAUCGGGAAGCAGAGCUGCGACGUGGUGCUGAGCCCGCAGAGACUGAGCUGGCGGCCCAUCCAGCCCGAAAGCCCCCGAGAUUAUUCCAGCAUGGGCUUGCAACAGAAUGAGGAAUAUAUCGAAAUGAAAGAUGUAUUUUCCAUAAAACUGAAACGCCGGCGUUUUGUUGGACAGCAAAAAGGUGGCUUAUUGUUAGGUGUUGCAAUUUUUCUGUGCCUGAAAAAAGAAGGCAACAAACUUAAAGAUUCCAUCAUCGAUCUGAAUAACUUAAGUGAAGACCACUGUCAUUUGUGGUUUCGAUGUUUGAAAGAAAUCUUGAAUGGUCUUCCCAAUAGGCCAAAGUCAUUAAAAGUGUUUGUCAAUCCAACUAGUCAUAGAAAAGAGGCAACUCAUAUUUAUUAUGAACAAGUUGCACCUCUCUUUAAGCUUGCUGACAUCAGGACUGAUGUGACAGUUACUGAAUAUGAGGGACACACUCUUGCAGUGCUUGAGGAAUGUGAUUUGACAUCGUUUCAUGGGGUGGUCUGUGUUGGUGGAGAUGGGACUGCCAGUGAGGUUGCCCAUGGCCUUUUGCUUAGAGCCCAGAUGGAUGUUGGAAAGGAUUGUGAUGAUAUGUUUGAGCCUGCUAGAGCACAAAUUCCUCUUGGGAUUAUACCAGCAGGCUCUACAAAUAUUUUGGCACACACUCUGAAUGGAAUCCAACAUGUACUAACAGCAACAUUGCAUAUAAUAAUGGGGCAUCUACAGCCAGUGGAUAUGUGCUCUUUCAGCAGUCCAACAAAACUACUUCGUUUUGGGUUCUCUUGUAUGUUUGGCUUUGGCUCAAGGACGCUAGCUUUAGCUGAAAAGCACCGAUGGAUGCCAUCAAAUCAGCGAAAAGAUUUUGCUGUGAUCAAGACGCUGGCUAGACUAAAGCCAGAAGAAUGUGAAUUAUCCUUCCUACCUUCAAAAUGCUUACAGCAUGUUGUUGAAGAAAAUGGAAGGAAGCAAGAGAGACGUAAGCAUGAGAGCAGUGAUCGGUGGCAGAAGAUCCAGGGUCAUUUCCUGAACGUGAGCAUUAUGGCCAUACCUUGUCUCUGCUCAAUGGCACCAAGAGGCUUGGCACCUAAUACCAGACUGGAUGAUGGAAGCAUAGCUCUUAUUGUCGUGCGAAACACUUCCCGUCCAGAAUUUGUUAAGCAUCUGAAAAGAUACAGUAGUGUGAAAAACCAGGAUCUCUACAUCUUCCAGUAUGAUUCUAUGGUCAACUGCCUCCAGUUAUGCUGCAGGACCUAGAGAAUUCUAGAGAGAACACUUCUCUGUGAAUCUCUAGUUUGUCCAGUGUGAUUCUGUAGUCUGCUUCCAGCUCACAGUAGAGCUGUGUUGGGAAACCUAGAGAUUCCUAGACAUACGUCCUCUUAGCGACUCUGGGGGUUGGUGCUCAUCUCCAUUUCUAAGCCAAAGAGCCAGCAUUGUCUGUAGACACCUCCAAGGUCAUGUGGCUGGCAUGACUGCAUGGAGCACCGUUACCUUCCCGCCGGAGUGGUAUCUAUUGAUCUACUCACAUGUGCAUAUUUUCAAACUGCUAGGUUGGCAGAAGCUGGGCAUAACAGCGGGAGCUCACCCCACUCCCCGGAUUCAAACUGCCAACCUUUUGGUCAGCAAGUUCAGCAGCUCAGCGGUUUAACUCACUGCGCCACCAGGGGGCCUAUAAAAAUAGCAAGUUUCUUAAUUUGUGAUUUUUCACUUCCAUAGCGGUUGUGUGCCCCUAAAGCCAGUGAAUGUCGAAGCCCAACUGCAUUCUAUAGUUUUCCAGUGUGUCAAUAACAGAGAAAUCAGGAAACGAAUAGGUUAUAUUGCUGUGCUAAAUUUAUCUUGUUUGAUCAGACACUUCUCUGGAAAUAUUAUACUUUUGAGUCAUUUGAGACUGUUAUCAGCUCAAUUAAAUUACUUGUCUGUAUACAUUCCACCAGUCCAAAAAUAAAAUAGCUAUUUAAAUCUU